AUGUCAUUUCGACCGCACUCCUCCGCCGUCACGGCGUUGGCAUUGUCAGCUAGCGGGCGAGUAUGCGUGAGUGCAUGUGUGGACUCACCUGCUAUUGCACUCAGCUCGGUUUUGAACGGUAAAGUCGUCGCAGAGCUGGCCAACGAUACCAUCAAGCCAGUCACGUUCCUGGGGUUCGACCCUGCGCAGCCCCAACGGAUGCUCAGUUGCUCUGGAGACGUGAAAAUCUGGGAUAUCGAGACGUUGCAGCCCGUUGUGAAGAUGCACGGCUCCAACGUCGUCCAGGCGGCGUAUUUGGACAACGGCGUGGUAGCAGGCUGCGGCGGGACAAGCGUCGAUUUCUACGACUCGCGUGUCUCAGGCCGGCCCAUUGGCACUCUACAAGGAUAUCACACAGAUGACGUGCUCAGCAUUUAUGUUUCUAGCGGCACACAGUUUGUUUCUGGCGGGAACGACGGGGUGGUGAACCUUUUCGAUCUGCGCGGUGCCAGGAACAUUGCUCUGGACACAGAGAUCGUUUUCGACAUGUUUGACAGGAUCAGCGUGACGCAGGUGGCGUGGAAGUACGGCCGGUGUUUUGCGAAGCUACAUGGCGCGGCCCGAAUAGUGGAGAUCGACUUUGUGCGCAAAAAUAAUGAGAUUACAUCGCAGCACACCGUCGUGGUUGACGAAGAAAAAUAUCGGGUCGAUUUUGCAUUUGCGGGAGAAACUUUGGUGGCAGGCGGCGACCGCGUGGUCGAGGUGGACAGCCAGAGGACGCUGCUACAGGGCGAGCGCGAUGAAGUGCUCACGAGGCUUGCUUUUGUCGGGACAGGGGGCCUGUGUGCCUCCACUGGGGGAUAUAUCUAUAACCUUGACCAGAAUAUUUAUUAA